AUGUUCAAAUCCCUAAGUAGGUGCUUCGGUACCACGUCCCAGCUUCUCAAACAGUCUGGAGUAACCAAAGCUGAAAAACAUCUUGAUUAUCUCAAACAUUACUACAACCCUGAGUUGUUGGAGAGCAUCAAGCUUACUGAGUCAGUAGUGGAUCCAAAAGACUACUUGAACUUGCAAUUACAAGGCCGUGAGGGUAAAUCAAAGGUUGCGCCAAAGUCGACGUUUGACUAUUCUACAACAGAUCCAGAAUGGAAGGAGCCUAUUUUGUAUCCAAACCAAGGUCUAGGCCGUACACCAUACCCGGAAAUCCCUCAAGUACCUUCGCCAGAUCGGGGUGAUUUGAGAAUACGUUUUAGUAACGCCCCAAGAGCACCAAAUGACUCUCCACAAUCAAGCACAGCAGUGAAGAAUACCAGUCAGAUUGCCAGAGAAUUGAGUCAACUCACAGGACUAGAUGAGAAAUAUAUACGAAACUUGUACAUCAGACCAUUGGUGAUGAAGCGUGUAUCUUUGAAAACUGCAAAGGGAAACAUUGCCAAUUUCUUUGUCAUGUCUGUUGCCGGUGACAAAAACGGUAUGUUGGGUAUCGGUAUCGGUAAAUCAAGAGACGGAAUCCGUACUGCCGCCACGAAAGCACACUGGAAUGCAGUUAAAAACUUAACCCCAAUCAAGAGAUACGAUAAUAGAACUAUCCUAGGCUCUUUUGAACUCAAAUACCAUGCCACUAAAUUGAAAUUCAAGUCAGCUCCAAUUGGGUUUGGGUUGAGGUGUAAUAGAAACAUUUUCGAAAUUUGCCAAGCUGCCGGUAUCAAAGAUCUUAGAGGAAAAGUGCACAAGUCAAGAAACCCCGUAUUGGUUGCUCAAGGGUUUUUCAAAGCAUUGACACAACAAAAGUCCAUUGAGGAGUUGGCAUUGAACAGAGGUAAGAAGGUGGUGGAGUUGAGAAAGGUGUACUAUUCAAAUUAA